UAAGCACGACCUUACUUGAACAGGAUCUGUUCUAUAGGUAGGCUUGCACAUCUGUAUCCUUGAUUUCUAAGGAGACAGGAAUCUGUGUCUGGUUGAUGAGACAUGCCCUCUAGACCAGAGCGUGAUUAACAGCGCCACGCUUUGGCUUGUGGGUCACAUUGUUGAAGAGGGUUGGUCUUGCAGUUGAGCUUACUUGAAUCUUUUUGACACUAUGAGGCAUAUGUUUUGGCUCAAUUUCAGACUCAAUUUUUUUAAGCGACUUUACUUGAAGAUGAUCUCUUCUGUCUCACUGCAUACUUUGAGAUAUGAAAAGACGGGAAAGUACGCCUUUUUCUAUUUGUGUGAAAAUGUUUUUAUGGAAACAUAUUUUACUUUGCCAAAAAAACUCCCUUUGAGAUGGAGUUCCCCGCAUGAUGUUUUCCUUUUCGUGUAAGAAGAGUCUCACAACGUUUUAACCUAAAUGCAGACACUGAAAGAAAAACCUCAUAUUGAUGACUUGUUAAUUACUUCUUGGGGGGCAGUCUUGCCGUUUCAGAUAUGCUCUUUCUACUUGUUGAAGAAAAAUGAGGGUUUUCUUAGAUAUGCUCUUUCUACUGUGUCAAAAUAUGUCCUAACGAUUUCACUGCCUAGCUACUUGAGCCCAAACCUUUUCGAUUUGAGGCCUUCUUAGCAAAAGGGGUAAGGUGGGUAAUACUUGAAGAAGGUGAAACUAAAGCUAAUAAUUAUAGAAAAAUAUUGAAUUCAGCUCCAAUGGCAACAACACCUUCUGAUAUUGCAUGUCAAUCCCUUCUUCAGCUGCAGAGUUGGCAUUAACUAGUGAUUCGAUACUACAAAGAUGUAAAAAAUCGAGAAAUGCACUGGAACAGUGUUUGUUCCAGAUUCAAAAUUCAGUUCCUGUAAUAUUAGCUGCUGAGAUAUCUGGCAUAAUAUCUGAUCUCAGUCGUAUUACUUUCAUCUUCGAUUCAUCUGAAGAAGCGGCUGGGAAAAUCAUCCGGACAUUUCUCCAACAAUCCACAUCCAAUGAAAAGUCUGCUUCUUGUUUCAAUGAGCUUGCAUUUCUAUAA